CCAUGUGAGGAAACUUCCUGAUUCUCACUAAAGGCUGUGAGUCCAGUGUAAGCAGAUCUGUCAGAGUGAGACACAUGAGAGACAGCGACAGAUCUUCAUACUUCACAGUCUGCUUCAGGACUUUGUCUUUUUUUACUUUCUCUCUUCUGGAAACUUCAGAGAAAUGUUGAUCAUCUUUGGACUGAUGCUGGUGCUGCUACAGACUGUCUCAUGUGUGGAUCAGAACUGCAGCUUUAAACAGAAUAAACCCUGUUAUGCAGCUCUGGGAGACAAACUCUCUCUACGGAUGUUUCAGGAUAUUCAUAUAUCUAAACUGUUAUUAAAAAAAGAAGAGAGUGUGAUUUGUAAAAUACACAAUAACACAAUCAUUAAACUUGGUCUUUAUAGUAACAGAUCUGACGUUAUCAUCAGUUAUGACACUGUGAUUAUAAACAAUGUGACCAGAGCAGAUUCAGGGAGCUACACAUUAGAGCUUUAUGACUCACUGGGCAAAGCAACAUCGGCAGGACUUCAAGUGAAGGUUGAAGCUUCUGUUGGCUCAGUGAUAGUGUCAGUCGAAUGCAUCAGUGGGGUGAUGUGGGCAAACUGCUCCUCUGAGGGGGAUUCACUCUUCUUCAACUGGACUCUGAAUGGACAACCACUACCACAAGAAUAUAAAACCCCCAUUAAUCUGAUUGGGAACACUUCUGGAAACCUCAUCUGCAGCCUGAAGAACCACAUUAGUCAUGGAGAGAAGAGCAUCACUGUAGACCAUUGUCCUGGAACAACUACUACAUCUGUGACAUCUACACUGAACUCUACAGUGACCAAUAGCAAAUCAGCCGGUACGAGUCUUUCUGCUAGUAAUCUCACCCCCAUACAGAACACUGGACUGUUUUCAUCCCUGAAGUUGGAAAAAAAUCAUAUCAUUGCAAUGGCUUCUUCAAUUGUGAUUCUUAUUCUGCUGGUCAUCACAGUUUGUUACAUUUACAAGAAGAAGAAACAACCUAAGUCAGCAGCAGCAGCUGAUGGUGGGACAGAACUCGUCUAUGCUGACAUCAAUCAUGACAAACUCAACAGAGACAAUAAACCUAAGAAAACAGAGAUGAGUUCAGCUGCAGAUGUUGAAUAUGCUGAGGUCGCAUCUCAGAGAAAGACUAAAAAGAAGAAGCUGAAGGAAGAUGAGGUUCAGUAUGGUGAGGUGACAUUCACUCCGGGCGGUCGCAACGUUCAGAAACAGCGUAUGGAGCAGGAUGAUUGUGUUUACUCUCAGAUAUAUCAACAGAAAUGAUUGACUCACUAUUGCUGCAGUUUUCUGAACCAGCUAGAAAAGCAUGGUCAGUACAUCUCACACUAUGAAAAAAUGCAGCAAGUUUAAACAACUAAAUUAUGCAAGUCAAUUCAACCUACGUUUUUAAAUUUUGACUUGUGAUAAGUUGACAUAACUUAGGAAAAUGUAAUUUGUUAAGUUAAUGUAACAUAAAAUAUAUGUUGAUAAGAAAACAUGUUUACAGCACAUGUACAGUACAAAUAUUUGUUUUUCAAAAGAAUUUAGGCCAUUCGUGAGAUAUAUGGCGUGAUCUUUUUUUUAUCUUUAUAAGUAUUCUUGCAUAACAGCUGUUACUAAGGGUACAGUAUGUUUCUGUGGUUCAGUGGUGAGGUGAUGAGCUAGCAAGCCAAAGGAAAGAGAGAUAUAAAUCUUUAGAAGAAAAGAGGAAACCAUUUUUGUCUUAAUUUCCAUCAAACCAGAACUUCCUUUUUAAAGUCUUCAAGUUGCAGUUUCUAAAUUAUGUGGAACUGGAUUUUAUAUAACGACUUUUUACAUGUAGACACUUUAAUAAUGUAAUAUAUACAUGUGUAAAUUUGACUUAAGGCACUAAAUGCAAUUACAAGUAAAUAAAUGUAAAUAUUUUUUCUACUGCUCAGCUGGUAAACCCGUAGGCAUGAUUUCCAAUUAUUGUAUAUAGUGAUCUAUAAUGUACAAAAUGAAUGUAAGGAAGUGUUUGCCGAAUUAAUAAAAAAGCAAAAAAGUAACCCAAGAUAA